GUUAAACGUUUCCAGAAUAUAUCUGUUGACUGCGGUUUCCAUAUGCGUGUUUACGUGCACGCGCCCGCGUGUGAGUGUGUGUUGUACCCCCGGAAGUAUUCUUCGACGUUUGGAAUAAAUAAUUCGUUCUUAAACGGGCAAUUAGCAGUCGAACGAGGCGCGCGUAACCGAUCUUCGAAUACCGAUCGAUUUUGAACGCGUCCGGCUAUAAGCUUCGCGCAUUCUUUCACUUCGCCGAAAGAGAAAUGACGUAUAGGAUCCGAGGGUGGUUGUCUUCGCUGUCGUCGUCGUCGUCGCGUCGACCCUCUGGUUAUUUAUCGGGAGUUUGUUUCGGCGGUGUAGUAAUCGUUGGUUUGACGGUGUGAUACCUACGAUGAUGGUGGAAAAACUGGAGGGGUUUUUCAUGUACCGGAAACCGGUCUACAGAAUCUUCCAGUAUUUGGAAACUGAUGUAUCACCUGCAGCCCCCGUAAAUCAGGGCUCACCGGUAAGGUGUGCCCCGACGCGGACCAAUAUGGAAAGCCCGAAAAAGUCGCCCCAAAGUCUCCAAGCGGGCGACAAGUCAACGGUUAAGGUUCAUUUACCGAAUGGAGGAUUCAACGUGGUCCGAUUCGGCGACACUAUCGAUAUUAAAGGCAUCAUUUCAACCGUCACUGAGCGACUUUCGACUGGAGAGAGAGAUUACAAGGGACUAUACGCCAUGCGUCUCACUAGGCCCCCAUCCAACGAGGUCCACUGGCUACCGCAGGAUAUCACAAUGCAGCAAGUCCAGGAGAAAUAUCUGAAGCGGCACCCGAAUUCCGAUUGGCGGUACGAGUUGCGAAUAAGGUACCUGCCGACCAGCCUUAGGGAGCUCUACGACAGAGACAAAGUGACGUUCCAUUUUUACUACGAUCAGGUCCGUAACGAUUACCACACGGAGCUGUACAAAAAAAUCGAUCAAGACGUGGCUGUGCAGUUGUGCUGUUUAGAGAUUAGGAAGUAUUUUAAGGACAUGCCGCCGAACGUGCUCGACAAAAAGUCCAACUUCGAGUACCUGGAACGAGAGAUCGGCAUGCAAAAGUUCAUACCGCUCAGCGUGCUCGAAAAGAUGAAAUCGAAAUCGUUGCGCAAAAACAUCCAGAGCCAUUUCAAAAAGUUCGCUCACCACAACGAGUUCGAGAGCAUGGUCAAAUUUCUUGAGAUGCUCAAGUACCACACGAACUAUGACCAGGAGAGGUUCGACGUAGAUUACGGCAGCAGUUUCACGGUACCGGUCGAGUUGAUCAUCGGGCCCGAUAUCGGUAUUCAAGCGUCGUCCGCGAAGAACAUCAAUUUCGACCAGAUUCAGGCGAUCCAGACAUUGGUCAGCGACUGCGACGAACACUCGAAGGCGACGCUCCAGCUGAAGGUGGCCGGCACGCAGGAGGUAUUGUUCUUUACGUGUCCUAACGUCGACAUAGCUGAGAGUUUGGCCGAUCUGAUUGACGGCUACUGCAGGUUGCAUUCUGGCAGUCAGGCAUCGAUUUGGAACCGCAAAGCCACAGUGUGGAAGCAAUUCCCUUGUCCCUGUAAAGACGCAGCGAAGAGUAAAACUGGCAACGCGAAAGACUCUUCGAAUGUGAUCAGUGGAACCCUUGUCUCUGAAGACUAUGCGGAGAUCGUUGAAGAGGGGGACUACUCGGUGCCGGCAGUGAAAAAUUACGAGCUGAUGCGCGCGCAGAUCGAACUCGGCGAGAUUUUGGGCGAAGGUCAAUUCGGGGACGUUCACAAGGGCACCGUCGCCACCAAGGACGGCGCCGUCAUUCCGGUGGCGGUGAAAACGUGCAAAGGCGACGCCGACCUCGCGACGACCGAGAAAUUCCUUGAGGAAGCCUAUAUCAUGCAGAAAUUCGAUCACCCCCACAUCAUAAAGCUGAUAGGAGUGUGUUCCGACUCGCCCGUAUGGAUCAUCAUGGAGCUAGCCAAGCUGGGCGAACUAAGGGCGUAUCUGCAAAAUAAUAAGCACAUCUUGGACCUCGCCACAUUGUUGCUGUACGCAUUCCAGCUGUCUACCGCUUUGAGCUACUUAGAAUCUAAGAAGUAUGUACAUAGGGAUAUCGCCGCUAGGAACGUUCUGGUUAGUUCCGAUAGAUGCGUCAAACUCGCUGAUUUCGGUCUGUCACGGUGGAUGGGCGAGGACCAGAGUUACUACAAGGCCUCUAAGGGUAAACUGCCCAUCAAAUGGAUGAGCCCGGAGAGUAUCAACUUUAGGCGGUUCACGACCGCCAGCGAUGUGUGGAUGUUCAGUGUGUGCAUGUGGGAAAUCUUAAUGUUAGGCGUAAAACCAUUCCAAGGCGUGAAGAACAACGACGUGAUCGGAAAGAUCGAGAACGGGGAGCGACUGGCGUUGCCGCCAGAUUGCCCGCCUCGCCUCUACUCGCUGAUGUCGCAGUGUUGGGCGUACGAGCCGAGCAAACGGCCAAGUUUCAAGGACAUCAAGGAGAUUUUGCAGGAGAUCCUGGUGGAGGAGAAGCGGGCGCAGCAAGAGUGCUCGCGGCGGGAGACGAGGAGGGCGGCGGCGAUGUCGUGGGGACCCGCAGAUGAGUGUUGCCCCCCGCCGAAGCCAAGCAGGCACCCCAUGCAAGCGCUCGACGCGUCGUUGCUGUCGUCUUCGCUGGACGCUGCGUCGGACCCGGUGCCGCAGACGUACAUCAUCGCGCAGAAUCCCGAGGUGCUCGCGCAUCUGAUGCGCGAGAACGAAAACAGGGGCGUGACGCCGGCCAUGUACACCGUUCCCGCAUCGGUAUUUAACACGGUAGCGGUAGAUUUCGAGCGCAAAGAUCGCGUCCCGGAACCCGUCCUCAAAACCUGCCCGAUCCCGAUCCAAAACCUCCAGAAGUUAGAUCCCGAGGUGCCACCCACUGAAACAAAAAAAAAUACCGUGGAUAGGACACCGUCCAGGGCGAGUACCGGUCCUUCGACGCCCCUGAUGGGAUCUUUGGAACGGAAACAACCGUCCUCUAAAUAUAACUCGCUCGAGAAGAACGGUCGCGUGGUCUAUGGAUCGCGAGGUAGCCUGGAUAAGGCUGGGCCGCCACCCUUGCCGUUUAGUGCCGGGUCGUUGGAGAGGAGGUCAAAAAAUUCUCCGCCGCCGCCGCUUGGUGGCGACCCAAUCGAAUGUCAUUUCGAUUUCGUCCCGGUUUACCAUCCCGACCCUGUCAUGUACGAGUAUGGCGAGACCGAGGGGGCGAGGCCUCAGUACGUCGAGGAGUGCAUUUAUGAUUUCGGUGGCGACGACGUCAAGAGCUGCGCGCGCAAGCGGCAGUUUUUCGUACAGCCACCAACCUCCCACCAGCAACAGCCGGCUUCCCUCUACGGCGAUCAGCUGCUCGAAAAUCUCAAGUACCAACCGUCGAGCCAUUUCAGUCACCAGGUGCUCGAGCAGAGGCUACGACAGCAACAGCUUGAAUCCGAAGAAGACUCUAGGUGGCUCGCCGAAUCGGAAACGAAUUUGAAAAAAUUGACCGUCGUUGGCCCUCUCAACGAAACGAUCUCGUGCCUAGAAAACACUCAUCAGUCAUCUCUUCCCGCGAGCCCGUCGAAUUGCUCCGAGCACCAGCGGUCCGGGGACGGCGUGGUGGGCGUUGCCGCGGGCAACGGGUUACAGAGCGGCACCGCCUCGCUCUCGAGCAGCAAAAGCCAUUCGCCUGUGGGCUCGUUGACAAACACGAUGACAUUAAGCGGACAGCAGAGCGGAUCCGAUUUCGGCAGCGACUCUGAAAGAUCCAAGGAUGUUCAUCACGUGACAGCCAUACCGGAUAGAACCCACGAUCGGGUGUACGAGUGCACGACAGACGUAGUGAGGGCUGUCAUGUCGCUGUCGCAGGGUGUGCAGCAAUCACACGCAGACCAGUACCUCGACUUGGUGAAGAAGGUGGGACUAGAGUUGCGGUCGCUUCUGGCCAGCGUCGACGACAUAGUUGGGGCGUUCCCGUGCGCCGCGCAGAGAGAGGUCGAGAUGGCGCACAAGGUGCUAUCCAAAGAUAUGGCUGAGUUGGUUGGUGCGAUGAAACUCGCUCACCAGUACAGUCGAACGACUCUGGAUGCGGAAUAUAGAAAGGGCAUGUUGGGGGCGGCCCACGUGCUCGCGAUGGACUCGAAGAACCUGCUCGACGUCGUAGACACGAUACGCACGCGCUACCCGCAGAUUUGCCGACAUAUUCGCGACGACUCGGACAAGUUCGUUGCCGACGUGGGCGGGCGCGUGCAUUCGACCGAGUCUUUGGAGAAGCAGGACGUGGAGAAAGUUCAGCAAGUAAUGUUAGACGGUCGCUCCGAAUCCAUGUCGCCGACGCCAGUCGCAUGCACUUUCGUCACGGCUCGCGCGUUUCCCAACUCUAUCGGUUCGUCGCCGUCCUCAUCGAGCAUAGGCGCGAAACAAGUCGACAGUUAGUCCAUCUAACGGACGACGGGCAAAUGACGGUGAUAUUAUUAAUACGAGCGAGUCGCGUAUAUUUGUACCGCGUCGCAACAUAGAUAAACACCAUUCAGAAGCCGCAAAGAGGAUUCAGUUCAAUAUUUGUUGGUGGACCUAAACUGUCUGCACCUAUACAGAGUGUUAAUUAAGUACAGAGCGUCAAAAAAAACUAUCUUAUUUGUUUUUUUUAUAUUUCUUGUUCAGUAAAAAGGCAAUUAGACGAAACUCGAGAUACUGGGUUUAUUAAUGACAAGAAACUGAAAUAUUAACUUUCAACUUAUAUUAAACCUGUUACCUUUUGCAUUUAAAAUUGAGAGUAGGUCUAAUUUCAUCUAAUUGACAUGUUACUGAACAUAAUUAUAACAAAAAAAAUGUUUUGUUUAACACCUUUUUAUUUUAAAAUUAGUUACUUAAUUUACACCUUGUAUAGGUUUCGAGCGGUCAAAUGGGUUAGUUUCAAACAGGUUUUCCGCGGACCCAGUCUCUUUAUAAUUUGGACUCAAUGUCAUUUAUUGACAUAAAGAAUUAUGAUUCUGCAGAACUUGUCUAGGUUAAACGUUAAUUGCCCUUAUAAAUUGCUCUCAUUGGCACUUCUCGAUGGGGUUAUUCUUUGCAAUGAUUGGAAUCAUUUUUUUAGCUCAUUGAAGAUAUAUUCUACACCAUAUUUUUGUCGCUAUAGUUUUUUUAAUUUUAUCAGUAAGGAAAAGAAUGGACGAAAUAUAUUAUUUGAUGUUUUCCAGUGUUUUGGACGUAGUACAAAUAUAGCUGCUUGUUUAUUAUUAUUAUUGUAGUAAGAGAUUUUGCGCGGCAGCGGCAAUUGGGAAACGUCACCCUAAGAACAAAUUUUUGUCGUAUUUUUCUAUGAAAAAGUACUUAAAAUAUUUAAUUCUGAUUGAACUUGAUAAACUAAGGUUUAUAUAAGUAGAAAAACUAAGGAAAUAAUCAACACAGCUGGAACUGGGUAUCCUGUAUAUCAAAAUUAAACUAUUUUUGAUCUGCACAUCCACUACUAUUCACCACCUAAUUGACGUGAUAUUCUUUAACACUAUGUGUAAGUUCUCUUAAAAUUAUUAUCGGUAAAGCUUUAAAGUUAUUAAUUUUUUAUGCAUUGCACUAUUUAUUUUCGUCCAAAAAAUGGGCAUUGCGUUGCACUUGAGCCAGUAGGUGGCGCUGCCUGACGUUUCCCCGAAAUCGCUCCCGCUCGUGUUUUUUUUAAAUUGCCAAAAGUCUGAAUGUGUCGUGUUUUUUAAUUUGUGUCGUCACUUUUAAAAGUGUUUAAAAUAAAUACUAGUCAGAACAUUAUUAAACUAGUCCCGGGGUCUCCGGCGUCGUUACGACUAAAAUACUCAGCUCGGACGUCGCGAAGACGUCAGAGACUGCCGACCCGCUUCCCCGCUCAGGUGAGCGAAAUUCGCCAUGCCCACGCGGCGUAUAUAUAUUUUACGAGCUGCGGAUCAGUAUUGACGUUUCGCAUUAUUUUUUACAUUUCCAUCUCGCGUUUUGAAUAUAGGUAUUGUUAUUAUUUUCUGUUUGAAUAUAUUAUGAUUAUAAUUUAGGUAAAUAAAUUUAAAUAUCGAGG